UAGAGAUAGAGAGAGAAAGUGAAGGAAUCAAAAGUUUUAGAAGUAUGGUUUGUGGGGGCCUAGGGUUCAUGUAUUCACACUCUUCCUCUUUAUAAAUACCAAAGCUUCUCUUCUUCAAAUUAAACCAUUCAUCACUCCAAACAAACAAACAAAAAGAAAAGAAAAUAAGCAAACCAAAGAGAAAAUUCUCUCUCUUCCAAGAAAAUCAAGAAGCAUGAAGAUAAAGAAUAGCAGAACCAACAUGGAGAAUAAUAAUCAAUGCACUUCCAAGAAAAAGGUCUCAUGCAGAAGGCUUGGUGGUUACCUUAGAGAACAAAAAGGAAGAAUUUACAUAAUUAGAAGAUGUGUAGUCAUGCUUCUUUGUUGGCAUGAUUAAUUCAAGAUUUUUAUUAGUUUGGAAUAAUUUUUUCCAAAUAAUUUUCUGCAUCAAGAUUCAAGAUUGGAGAACACAAGUGUAUAAAUAUGUAUUUUCAUCAUGGAUGUAAACUUGAUGCAUGGAGAGAGCUAGCUAUACCACUCUCUCCAGUGCUUUUUCUACUUUUUUUUUUAUCUUUUUGUUUCAGCCGAAAUGUGUAAAUAGAAAAGAGAAAUUAAUGAUAUUUUUGUAUCAGCCA